GCGAUCAAGUCGGGCUUUCGGGUUUGAUCCAGCUUUUUGGACAUUUUUUCGGUUCGGACAGGUGGUGGUCUUAUCUUGAAAAAAAAAAGCACGCGACACUUUGGCAAAUCGGAUUAUUUGUCGUUACGGUUUCUUUGAAGCAAGACGUUUUCCAGUCAGUUUUUUGAUAAUUGCGGGGGCGUAUGUGAGAGUUUGUUUCUAUGCUAAUCGGCUUUGGGUGGACGUUUUUGGUCCCACGGAUUAACGCCAGCUGGUUGGUGGUUGACAAUUGGUCGUUUGUCCUCGGUCGUGGUUUAUGAUUUUUCCAAUGCAGAGUCUGUAAUUGGCAGUGAUUGGGUUACUUGGCGACCGUGAGAAUUGCACUCCUCUUGAAGGUGAUGCCUGGUGCAUAAAGAAGGUAAAGAAUAGAAACAUAGUUUUCACUCCGCAUCUAAAGUGAAUGGGACACAGUUUUCAAAGUUGGGAAGAAAAAACGGGGAUCGUUAAUCCCAAGUGGAGCACGAUUCGGUACCCUCGAGCGAUUGAUCUACAUUCGACAAGGGACCAUCCGAGUGAUGCUUUGUGUGCUUAAGUGUACAACUGUGCAACUUAGUGAAUACCACAGUAAUUCAAACGUUACGUGUUCAUUCUAAAACCACCAACAUUAAGGGUACUCGCGUCACAACUAAACCCACCAAUCCUCAAUUGAACCAUCAAUUCAAUUGAUCGGAAAAGAAAAAUCAAAAGCAAGAAGAAACAGCAUUUGAAGAAUUCCGCAUCGAUCGUCGUAAGAAGGAAGCCGUUGAAGUUCGUUCCAAGAAUUUGGGUUCAUCAACCUUGCCGGAGAUCGUUCUAGUCGCCAGGGACGACCUGCAUCCAAUCAAUCGACGACGACUGCCGUUCAGACGGAGUCGCUACGUACCACUUGAUCUAACCUACCGAUGCCGCAUUAAUACAAAUCCUCCAAAAUGAAGCACUACUUAUACAUGAUGCUCAUAUCGAUCGUGCUCAGUAAACACCAUGGAAUGGCGCAUAAAAUAAGGAAAAGACAACUUUUCCGGGAGCAAGUCCUGCCUCAUGCAGGAGGCAAAAUCCCAGAUUCGGCUUUCCACACCGAUCGGUUGGCCUUGAACCGGCUCCAGAAGGAUGGGAUUGCUGUCCCGGAUGGAAUUCUCCUGGAGCAGCGCCAUCACCAGGUCUAUCCUCAUCCGCAUCGAUCAGCCAGGCCAACAUUUUUGGUGGCCCAAACACCUGAUGGUCGCUAUACGUCACCAGAAGGAGAAUUCAGUCACAAUUCAAUUGCCACAGUAGACAGCACCUAUGUCGUUCCGAUGCCACUGGAGAAACACCAGGGAUUUCUUCAUCAAUAUCCGGUACAUCAUCCACAUCCGCAUCAGCAGACGUCGUCAGCCACAAUUGCAGCGCCAGUUAUUAAGGAACUCCGGAUACCGAACCAUGCGGUGUUCAACUUUGACUACUCGAAUCUGAGGAGCAAGCUGAAACCGACGCUGGCAGUGACCCACAAACAUCCGGUCAGUUUACACCAAGCUUCCAGCAUCGUUUCCAGCUACGGAACGCCACGGCACCGGCUCAGCCCACCCCAGCUGCAGGGAGGCUUCAAACCGAGCACCCUCAACGUCAUUCCGGCGAAUUUCGUCAGUUACCACGCAGCAUUGAGUAACCUUCUAAGUUACCCGGUAGCUGCUGCGUACAGUAACGAUUGGGGUAACGGUUGGACGCCGCCGUCCGGUGCGUUUCCAUCGGGGGACGAGUUUUCCAGUAAUCCCCUUGAUAGUUUCGAGGACUUUUUCGGGGAACCAAACGGCAACCAUCGCUAUUACCGAAAUGUGGACCAGCUUACGCGACUGAAAUCCUCGAGCGGCAUUACUGGAAGGAGCUCAACUAAAAAGCAGCCAUCGCCAUCGUUGUUAAAGUCAUCAUAAUCAUCGUGUUGUUCUAUCUAUAAUCAUCAUCGACUUAUGCCUCCGAAGACCAAGACGACGACGACGACGACGUCGAUUUAUCCAAUCAUUAGGAAAAGCAAAAGCAGCAGCAAAAUAUAAAUACUCAACCCACGCGAAGCGCAAAAUGGCCGCAUCCCAGCAACAAUUCGAGCGCUCAAGCCCGAGAGCAAGACGGCCUCUCUAACUUGGACUUGGGAAGAGCUCGUUAGCGAAGACCGAUGACGGGUUUAUCCUUUAUUACUUUUCCAAGGAAAGCCUCCCAGAGCCUCCUGUUUCUCCUCAAGCAAGACCCCAUCAAACAUUUCUUCCGAUUUUAAUCCCAAGGAGAUGAGCUGUUUCCCAACUCCCGCCUCCUGCCUGUUGCUUUUAAGGAUUUCGCUCGCUCAAAGAAGUUCGGUUCCUUUUUAUUUCAUAUUUGAAAAAUCUGGCCUGCCAAAAUUUGUGUGAGUGUGAUUCCAAUUAUGUUUAAUAAAGAAUAUUUUUCU